AUGGAAAACCACCAAAACCACAAGGCAGAGCCAGAACCUGACAGAGACAAGAACCACCACCAUAACCAAGCGUGGGGCACUUGGGAGGAGCUGUUACUAGCGUGCGCCGUGAACCGCCAUGGCUUCAAGGACUGGGACACCGUCGCUCUCGAGGUUCAGUCGCGCGCCACGCGCCUCCUCGCCUCGGCGCGCCACUGCGAGCAGAAAUUUCACGAUCUCAACCGCCGAUUUGCUGACCAAUGCAACGACGGCGUUACGCCGCCGCAACAGAACGGCGCUGCCGCCGGCGACAACUCCGAUCACGUCCCAUGGCUCGACGAAUUGCGGAAACUCCGCGUUGCCGAGCUCCGCCGCGAGGUCCAGCGCCGGGACGUUUCUAUUCUGUCGCUGCAGUUGGAGGUGAAGAGGCUGGAAGAGGAGAAAGCCAAAGAAAAUGACGGUAAAGACGACGAGAAACCAGAUCUGGCGGUUUUGGGUGAGGCCCGGCCGGAAAACGACAAAACCGGCGGAGAAGUUGAAGAGGCUGGACCGGCGAAUUCCGAACCGGAGCGAACCGCGAACGCUGACAAGAUGUUGCCAACAACGGGGGACGAAUCAGACCGGGAGAAUCAGUCGGUUAACGAGUCUAACUCGACCGGUUCGAGGUUCGAGAAAACCGGAGAAGGAGACUUAAAGUUGCGAGUCGAACCGGUUACGGUCCAGACCGGUUCGAUAGAACCGGAUCCGGUUGCGAGGAAGGGUAAGCCGGUUGGAGAGGAAUCGAAUAACGGAAGCUACGAUGCGUUGGCGAAGGUGCCAACGUGUGAGUCGGUGCCUCCGAGUGAGGAGAGGAAGGUGGAGCAGGACGAUGACUCGUCCGAGUUGCACGAUUCGGUGGCUCACUCCGGCGAGGGAGGGACGAGGGAGAGCAGCGACGUGCAAAGCUCCGCCAGCUUGACGCGGAAGAGGAAGACGCGGCGGAGAAAAGAGGUUUCCGGCGGAGACGGCCGUGGUGGGGGAACCUCCACACCGCCGGAGAACGACGAUGUGGCGAUGGUUGAAUCAGAACCGUUGGCUGGGAUUUUGGAGUUGAUCAAGGGGCACGAGCACAGCUCUUUGUUCGAGCGCCGUCUUGAAAGCCAGGAGUCGGACAGAUACAAAUACAUUGUGAAACAGCCACUGGACAUGGAAACCAUACAAUUGAGAAUCCAAAAAGGUCACUAUUCUUCAUGCCCUAAUGCAUUCUACCGCGAUCUCCUCCUCCUCUUCACCAACGCCAUCGUGUUCUUUCCCCAUGACUCCCCGGAGUCACAGGCGGCCCGGCAGCUGCACCGCCUUGUCACCACUGAGAUGAAGAUCCACGUCCUAGCACCACAACCCGACCCUCUGCCCCGGAAGAACGAUUCACUCCCUCAAAACGCACCGUUAGCCAAACCAGAUUCUUUCUUUUCCAAGAACAAAGCCUCUGGUCCUAUAUUGGUUUGCCGCAAACGCAGUUCUAUGUCAGCUAAACCUUCCUCGGCCACCUUUGGCCAAAAGGGUGACCAACCCAUCCUCAAUGACAAGAAGGAAAGGUCAUCGUCUGAUGCAAAACCUCCCACGAAACCUCCUUCUGAUACAGACGAAGAGGAGCCUCCCAAGGCUAAGGAAAAGCCUGUCACUGGAGUGAGAAGCCUGAGAAGGAGCAACAAGAACCUCAACAAUAAAAAACUUUCUUCUAACUCCACGCCUAAGGCAGGGUCUUCCGGUAACAAACCAUCGGAGACCCUUAAACAAGAGAAGGGCAAGGCAGAGGGAGGGCCAGACAAGAAGAGGAACGCGGCAGCAGAUUUCUUGAAACGGAUAAAGCGAAACACUGCAGUGGAAGCAGUGAAGGGUGGUAGCGGUGGAGGGGGAGGAAGUAGUAGCAGCAGCAAGGGUGGUGGAGGUGGUGUUGGUGUCAAAGAGCAGAAGAAAAUGGUGAAUAAUGGAAAGGGGGAUAAAGGGAAAGAAAGGGCAUCAAGGAAUAGCGUUGGAGGAGGGUCAGGGUCUGGGGAUAAAAGGAGUAAGAACAGUGAGAACAACUCUCAGUCGAAGAGGAGUGUUGGUCGACCUCCAAAGAAGGCAGCUGAGACAAAUGCAGGGAGUGCAAAGCGUGGGAGGGAAAAUAGUGCUAGUGCUGGCAAGGAUAAGAGACCCAAGAAACGUUCCAAGAAAUGA